GCUGUCCCCCGGCUGUCCCCCGGCCGGCGGUGGAGGCCUCCCCAUUCAAACGGCGCGGGCCAAUGAGGGCUGGGCGCGCCGCCCGUUCAAACGCCGCGGCCCGCUCCGCCUCCGCCUCCCGCCUCCCGCCUCCCGACGCGGGCCGGGCCGGCCGGGCGGUGAACCUGCUGCCAGGGCGACGGGCAGCAACACCGACGCUUCGGGUUCCGCGGCCGCCAUGCAGCGCUCCCUGCACCGCGUGGCCCUCGGGAGCCGGCGCGCCCGCCCCGGCCUGUCCUUCUACCUCGCCACCUUCGGUCAGCUGAAGCUGUCGAUCGAUGCCCGGGACCGGGUUCUGCUGCUCCACAUCAUAGAAGGCAAAGGCCUGAUGAGCAGAGAGCCUGGCAUCUGUGAUCCCUACGUGAAGAUUUCUUUGAUCCCAGAAGAUAAUCGACUACGUCGCCAGAAGACGCAGACGGUCCCAGACUGCAGAGAGCCAGUCUUCCACGAGCACUUCUUCUUUCCUGUCCAAGAGGAAGAUGAACAGAAGCGCCUUCUGGUCACUGUGUGGAAUAGGGCAGGUGACUCCAGGCAGAGUGGACUCAUUGGCUGCAUGAGCUUUGGGGUGAAGUCUCUCCUGACUCCGGACAAGGAAAUCAGUGGCUGGUACUACCUUCUGGGGGAAGACCUGGGCCGGACCAAACACCUGAAGGUGGCCAGGCGGCGGCUGCGGCCCCUGAGAGACCCACUGCUGAGAACGCCAGGAUGUGGGGACGCUGAGAACGGGGAGAAACUCAAGAUCACCAUCCCGAGGGGGAAGGACGGCUUUGGCUUCACCAUCUGCUGUGACUCUCCGGUUCGAGUCCAGGCAGUGGAUUCUGGAGGUCCAGCGGAGCGGGCAGGGCUGCAGCAGCUGGACACUGUGCUGCAGCUGAACGAGAGGCCCGUGGAGCACUGGAAAUGCGUGGAGCUGGCCCAUGAGAUCCGGAGCUGCCCCAGUGAGAUCAUCCUGCUUGUGUGGCGCAUGGUCCCCCAGGUCAAGCCGGGGCCGGACGGCGGGGUCCUGCGGCGGGCCUCCUGCAAGUCGACACAUGACCUCCAGUCACCCCCCAAUAAGCGGGAGAAGAAUUGCACCCACGGGGCCCAGGCACGGCCCGAGCAGCGCCACAGCUGCCACCUGGUGUGUGACAGCUCAGAUGGGCUGCUGCUCGGCGGCUGGGAACGCUACACCGAGGUGGCCAAGCGUGGGGGCCAGCAUACCCUGCCUGCGCUGUCCCGGGCCACGGCCUCCACGGACCCCAACUACAUCAUCUUGGCCCCAUUGAACCCCGGGAGCCAGCUGCUGCGACCUGUGUACCAGGAGGAUGCCAUCCCUGAAGAAUCAGGUAGUCCCAGUAAAGGGAAGUCCUACACGGGCCUGGGGAAGAAGUCCCGGCUGAUGAAAACAGUGCAGACCAUGAAGGGCCACGGGAACUACCAGAACUGCCCGGUCAUGAGGCCGCAUGCCCCACACUCAAGCUAUGGCACCUACGUCACCCUGGCCCCCAAAGUCCUCGUGUUUCCAGUCUUUGUUCAGCCUUUAGAUCUCUGUAACCCUGCCCGGACACUCCUGUUGUCUGAGGAGCUGCUGCUGUACGAGGGGAGGAACAAGGCUGUGGAGGUGACGCUGUUUGCCUACUCGGACCUGCUGCUCUUCACCAAGGAAGAUGAGCCGGGCCGCUGCAAUGUCCUGAGGAACCCCCUCUACCUCCAGAGCGUGAAGCUGCAGGAAGGUUCUUCAGAAGACCUGAAAUUCUGUGUGCUGUACCUAGCAGAGAAGGCAGAGUGCUUAUUCACUUUGGAAGCGCACUCGCAGGAGCAGAAGAAGAGAGUGUGCUGGUGCCUGUCGGAGAACAUCGCCAAGCAGCAACAGCUGGCCGCUUCGCCCCUGGAGAGCAAGGGAUGGAAAGCUGAGGCCACUAAGGAGGAAGGAACUCACCUGGGUUCUGCAGAAUCCCCCAUGAACUUGAACUUGAGGAAUACCUGCUGUGACCUGCCCCACCUCACCACUUGCAGCACAUGCCCCAAGAACAAGGCUAGUGCCACCAGGAAGAGCCAGAUGUUUGAGCCAGAGGCAGAUGAGAAGCGAGAGAUGCCCUUGGAGGAGGGGAAGGGGCUGGGUGCCGAGGACCCCCCGCCCAGCAAGGACCCCUCUCCUGGCCAGGAGCCUCCUUCAGGACAAGACGUACCCCACAACAAGGACUCCUCUUCCGGUGAAGAGCCUUCUCCUGGCCAAGAAUCACUGUCCAGCAAAGACUCACCUUCCUGCAAGGAACCUCCUCCAGGCCAGGAGCCCUCGCCAAGCAAGGACUCCCCACCAUGCCAGGAACCCCCCGCAGCCCUGGCCCUCCCUCUCUGCCAGGACCUUCCCGCUGGGCAAGAGCCCCCUCCCAGCCAAGACCUCCCUGUCACCCAGGAUGCCUCUGCUCAGGAGCUUGCACCCAGUCAAGACGUGCCCCCCAGCCAGGUUCCCCCACCGGCUGAGGAGACCACAAGCUCUGGGGACCCACCAGCAGCCUCCAGGGACCCGCCUGUGGCCCCCAGGCCAACCUUCGUGAUCCCCGAGGUCCGGCUGGACAGUGCUUACAGCCAGAAGGCCGGGGCGGAGGGGGGCAGCCCGACCGAGGAGGAGGAGGACGCCGAGGAGGCUGAGGAGGGGGACGAGGGGGACGAGGAGGAGGAGGAGGACGACGACACGAGUGAUGACAACUACGGAGAGCGCCGCGAGGCCAAGCGCAGCAGCAUGAUCGAGGGGGGCCAGGCCGAGGGCGGCCUCUCCCUGCGGGUGCAGAACUCCCUGCGGCGCCGGACGCACAGCGAGGGCAGCCUGCUGCAGGAAGCCCGCGGGCCCUGCUUCGCCUCCGACACCACCUUGCACUGCUCGGACGGGGAGGGCGCCGCGUCCACCUGGGCCAUGCCUUCGCCCCGCACCCUCAAGAAGGAACUGGGCCGCAACGGUGGCUCCAUGCACCACCUCUCCCUCUUUUUCACAGGACACAGGAAGAUGAGCGGGGCUGACACAGUUGGGGAUGAUGAUGAAGCCUCUCGGAAGAGAAAGAGCAAAAACCUGGCCAAGGACAUGAAGAACAAGCUGGGCAUCUUCAGGCGGAGGAACGAGUCUCCCGGGGCCCAGCCGGCGGGCAAGGCAGACAAAAUGGUCAAGUCAUUCAAGCCCACCUCAGAGGAAGCCCUCAAGUGGGGUGAGUCCUUGGAGAAGCUGCUGCUUCACAAAUAUGGGUUAGCCGUGUUCCAGGCCUUCCUUCGCACCGAGUUUAGUGAGGAGAACCUGGAAUUCUGGCUGGCAUGUGAGGACUUCAAGAAGGUCAAGUCACAGUCCAAGAUGGCGGCCAAGGCCAAGAAGAUCUUUGCUGAGUAUAUCGCCAUCCAGGCGUGCAAGGAGGUAAACCUGGACUCCUACACCCGAGAGCACACCAAGGACAACCUGCAGAGUGUCACCCGGGGCUGCUUCGAUCUGGCGCAGAAGCGCAUCUUUGGGCUCAUGGAAAAAGACUCGUAUCCACGCUUCCUCCGCUCUGACCUCUACCUGGACCUCAUUAACCAGAAGAAGAUGAGUCCCCCACUUUAGGGGCUGCCAGGGUCGAGCCCCGUGUUCACACCAGGCGGGCUGGGCCCCCUUCCCACCUGCCUCUCUCCCUCUGCGACGGAGGGGGCAAGCAAGCCCCCAGAGGCUGUGUCUCCGGAUGGACAGACGGGCAUUCGGAUGAGAGACCUGGACCGAGAGAGGCCCAGGCCACCGGAGGAGCAGAAGGACUGGCCCCGUUGGGUCCCCACUGCCCCGGUACGAGGGGGCCCGAGGGCCCUGGCAGGUCAGGGGCCCUGGCUGAGCCAGACCUGGAGCUGCUGCUCUGUGCUGCGUAGACUCAGCAUUGACCAAGUUCCUUAAAGAACUGGCUGAUGGGGCAGGGGGCCUGGCUGUGGGCUCCAGGGAUCUCCCGGGGGAGGCCACUGGGGCUCGCCACUCCGACCCCGCCUUGAGUUUUAUUUAUUUAAAUAGUAGUCGGAUGCUUGGCACGUCGUCCUGUUAUAGGAAAUUUUUGCCUCAUCGGUUUUCCUAAUUUACAAGUGCAAUAUUUUAACCAACGCCUUGUGAAAAGCCACCUCGCCGAGAAGGUGGACACCACUUUCCAGUUUCAGGGGAGUUGCUGGUCCCAGGCACCAGCAGUGGGCAGCUGGGCCUUCUGGACUCAUGCGGCCUGGCGGGGUGUGGGUGCUUCCGUGGGAGCUCGCACAGAGAUCCAGCACCCCCCCCCGCCCCCACCCACCGAGGGAAGUGCCCCUCAGGGGCUCUGGGAAAGCAUGGCACCCUUGGACCACACAGCAGCCAAGUUCUGGAGCAAAUAAAAGGCCUGUGUUAUUUCUCA